UGAGACUAGGCCCUCGGUGACAUCCAGGCGGCGCCACGGCCUGGCCAGCCUCCGGGGCCCCUGCAGAGUCGCGGGGCCGUGCCGCUCGGAGAGAGAUCCCGGCUACCCUGAUCUGCGCGCAAUCGGGACGGCGGAAGACAUGAGCGCGGGCAUGGGCGGCUUCUGGCCGGAGCCGUGGCUGCCGCGGUCGCUCGGCUCCCCGGGCCUGGCCCUCGCCGCGGCCCUGCUGCUGCUCGUCUUGUGCCUGAGCGCGCGGCGCACCAGGAGACGUGGUGAGCCUCCAUUGAUAAAAGGCUGGCUUCCUUACUUUGGACAGGCCCUGAAAUUACAAAAAGAUCCUCUGGGUUUUAUGAUUUCUCUUCAAAAGCAGUAUGGUGACAUUUUCACUCUUCUCCUUGGAGGAAAGUACAUAACAUUUAUCCUGGAUCCUUUCCACUACACAUCAGUGGCAAAAAAUCAAAAAUUAAGCUUUCAAAUAUUUACUGAUAAAUUCUUAAAGAGAGUAUUUUCUAUCAAAAAGAUGACAACAGAUUCUGACCUCAUCGACGAAAUUCAUAGUACCUAUCAAUUUUUACAAGGGAAGCAUUUAGACAUACUGAUGGAAAGCACAAUGCAGAAUCUAAAACAAGUUUUUGAACCCCAACUUUUAAAAACCACAAGUUGGAGCACAGAACAUUUGUUGCCAUUCUGCAACUCAGUAAUAUUUGAAAUGACAUUUACAACCAUAUAUGGAAAUGUUCUUGCUAAUGAUAAUAAAACAUUUAUUACUGAGUUAAAAGAUGACUUUUUAAAAUUUGAUGAAAAAUUCACACGUUUAGCAUCAGGCAUACCCAUUGAGCUUCUAGGAAACAUCAAGUCUGUUCGAACUAAACUUAUAAAAGACUUGACAAUAGAAAGCUUAGCUAAGUUACAAGGACUGUCUGAAGUUGUUCAAAGAAGGAAUGAUAUCCUGGAGAAAUACUAUAUGCCCAAGGACCCUGAAAUAGGAGCACAUCAUUUAGGCUUGCUCUGGGCCUCUGUGACAAACACUGUUCCAACCAUGUUCUGGGCAAUGUAUUACCUUCUACGGCACCCGAAAGCUAUGGCUGCGCUGCGUGACGAAAUUGACCAUUUGCUGCAGUCAACAGGUCAAAAGAAAGGGCCCGGAUUUUCCAUCUACCUCACCAGAGAACAAUUGGACAGCCUGGUCUACCUUGAAAGUACCAUUCUCGAGGUUUUGCGACUCUGCUCCUUUUCUGGCAUCUUCCGUUUCGUUCAAGAGGACUUGACACUUCAUUUAGAGAGCCAGGACUGCUGUCUGCGAAAGGGAGACUUUGUCGUCAUCUUUCCUCCCGUCUUACACCACGACCCCGAAAUCUUUGAAGCUCCAGAUGAGUUUAGGUUUGAUCGUUUUACAGAAAAUGGUAAGAAGAAAACUGCCUUUUUUAAAAGAGGGAAAAAGCUGAAGUAUUACCACUUGCCAUUUGGACUGGGAGUCAGCAAAUGUCCAGGCCGAUUUUUGGCCAUGGUUGAAAUAAAGCAAUUGUUGGUUGUGCUUUUAACUUACUUCGAUUUAGAAAUAAUUGAUAAUAAGUCCUUAGAACUAAACUAUAGCCGCUUUUUGUUUGGUAUUCCUUACCCAGACUCUGAUGUUUUAUUUAGGUACAAAAUAAAAUCUUAAGCUAAAAGUAAAGGAAAGAAAUCUAUCUAGAAAACUAACCUAAAUGCCCUCAGUUCAUCUAUUUGUUUUUAAUUUCUUCAAGUGUGAUUGCUUUGUUUGUUUUAAAAAUGCCAAUUUCUAUUUCAUCUGAGAUCAGUCCUAUCUGUACUUGAUCACAAAACUGAUCAUAAAAAAAAAAAGAUUGUAACAUGAAAAUGGACAUUAAAAUCAACAUAAUGAUAAAUUUAAAGUAAUUUUUUAAGUUUCUACAUAUUGUGAUUUGCAGAUGUCAUUGUAAGUGUGCCUUCACAGUAAUAGAUCUGACACUGGGAUUUUGUUAAGUCACAAAUUCUUCUAUAAUAUGUAAAAAUAUACUUUAUGUACUAAUGGAAAUUUAUGCUGUAAAUGAACACAGUCUAACAAAUUCCAAGUUCUCAGAGAAGAAGGAAAUUAAAUUUCCAUGAGAUACACUAGAUGAAAAUGUUCCCUUCAAGUAUAAUAUCAAUAAUAUCUAUAUUGCUGGGGUACGUUUGCAUUAAAUGAGGUUUGCGGUAGAUUAAAUGCUUCAACAUUUAAUCAUC